AUGGCCGAAAUAGAGAUGGAUGUCGAUUUGGCGCCGUCGAUCCAUAUCGACGAGCACGCUGACGAUGAUCUCAUCGACUACGACAUCGAUACGACCGAAGACCACACCCACGACCCAUGGCCAUCCCACCAUGAUGAGCAAACCUCCAAUGCGCCAGAGAAUGUGAGCUCGAUCGAAGAACAUCCAAAAGCAGCUGUCACAGUGUACGAGGAGGAGAUCAUCACUCUAGAGGAGGAGGAGCCAAAAGAUGCCCCCGUCACUGAAACCGAACAUGCCGCAGAUGAGAUUGAUUACGAAGACAACGAUGUUACUGUGACACAGGAGUCACCAAACAAGCUAGAGGAGGCAGAGGACCAUGUGCACGACAUCGUCGCUGCAGACGACGUUGCCGCCGCGGAGCCUGCCAUGGCAGAGCCCUCCAGUCUUCCACAACCAACGGAACAACCGGCUGGUGAUGCCGAGGUGCCAGAGGCAGCGGCUCAAGAUGAUGAAGAUGAGAUAACCUGGGAGCACGAGUAUGAUGAGAAGGGAGCUGCUGUUGAGGCUCCCACUGAGGCUCCCGCUGAGGCUCCCGCUGAGGCAACCACUCAGGAAGCAGUUCCACAGAACCGCGCUGAGUCCCAGAGCAGUGAUUCACACGAGCACGUGCAUGAGCCGCACACCAAUGCUACCGAGACCGAUUAUGAGGACACUGCAAAGGAGGCCUCAGCAGAACAAGAGUCUGUGGAGCAUCAGGAAGAUGACUCGCGAUCGCAGCCAGAGGAGUCAAGUCCUGGAGGAGAAGACGAAUUCCCUCCAAUCACUGUGCAUUACAAAGGGAGCGAAUAUUCCUUCUUCUCCCACAAAAAGACGGAAGGCUUCUUUUCCGACGUAUCCGUGCUGGAUCAGUCGAUGGAGUCGCUGCUCGCUGGCUUUCGAGCGGAGCUGGAAAAUGAGAUUGCUGCACAUGAUGAACUUGUCUUUCAGGUUGAUGAACUUGGGCUCGAAUUUGCAGAGGCCACAAUCCAGAACUCACUCGCAAGCAUCACCUUUCGACAAGUGUUGGAAGUGUUUGACUUGCUCGUAAAAAAUCAAGAUCCCGACAGUUCGCGCACUCUGUACACAUAUCUCUUCACCAAGCCAAACCCUAGCAAACGUUUCGAAUUUCUGGUCGAGAGCGCGGCCGCUAGCAAAGGGCUUGAUGAAGUGAUUUAUCUGUUCGAGUCUCCUGCAGGCCACCCUCAUCAGACAGCCACCGAGGCUGAUGACGGAGAUGACUACGAACACGACGAGGACAGUGAAGCAAACGAAGCCGCCGAGGCUCAUGAGAGCGCCGAGGAUGGUGAUGAGCAUGACGAGGAACAUGGCGAUGUCGAUGCUGACACUGAAGAGUCCCAAGAGUCAGAAGAAGACGAGGGGGAGGAAGAGACCUCGGCCGUGGAAGAACAGCGUGCCGACAAUGCAGACCAAGAUGAUGAAGAAGACGAAGAAGAAGAAGAAGAGGAGGAAGAGGAAGAAGCUGAAGAGGACGAGGAAGAUGAGGAUGAGGCUGAAGACUUUAUGGAAGACGUUGAAGAUUUCAACGGAGAAGCCGAGGAGACUGCGAACCAGGACGAGGGAGACUACAGUGAUGGUGGGGAUGGGGGCUAUCAACAUGAACAGCUUCAGGCCGUGGUUGUAGAGGCAGCGGGCCAUUCCGAUUUCCCACAUGCUAAUGCCGAAGCCAAAGAGGCACCAGACGCCACAUAUUCAUAUGAUGAUGCAGAGGAGGAUGCCGACGCCAAUCCGUUCAUACACGCCGAGCUUCAGGAGUCCGCAGGAGAUAACGGAGGCGAAAUCCAGUUUGAACAGACUGUGCCUGCGGAAGCCGGCGAGAAAGUGUCACAGGAGAUGCCCAUGCAGUCCAUCGACGAUUACAUCGACGCCAACGAGGCCGACACCGGUACGACCAACACCCUAGCUGACAAUGGCGAAGGCAUCUCUACGCUUCUGGAUAUGGGCACCGUGCAAGACCUAGAGGAAGAGAUCACAAACGAGGAUCUAGCCUUUGAGGACGAGAUGCCCGAAAUUGACUGGAGAGAUGACGUGGAGGUGGCCAAGGACGCCAGCAGCGCUAUGCCCACGACAACCACUGGCCUACCGAAACGGCGGCGUCCCGAGGAGGAGCAGGACGAAGCAGACGAACAAGACGCCAAGCGCCUCCGGUCAUGA